AUGGGAAGCAGCAAACAAAAGUCUAAAAUAGUCAAGUCUUUAUCACUUACUUCAAAAAAACAAAAAUUAUCAUGCUCUUCUACCUUACCAGCAAAUAUUUCUAAAUCGAAUAUGUUAAAUGAAACAAACUCUGUAUCUGAGUUAAUUAUAUCAAAUGAAACAAGCUUUGAAGGUCGUCAACCAGCACCUUGGGGAAGAGGUGAACCAGCAAGGCUUGAAGCACAUCUUGCACUAGAAUGUUCUAAAGUAGAAGAUCAUGUCCGGCAAAUCUAUUUGCUUUGUGUAGCUCGUCGUGAUGGUGUUACAGAAGAAACACAAUCUGAAAUUUUAUUGGCUAAUACUAAAAAACAAAGCAAUAAGCAGUCUAGUAUUUCAAAUUAUUUUUCACAAAAAUUAGAUAGUUUAUCAGAAGGGCAUAUGAAUUCUAUAAAUAGCUCAUUAUUAAAGGCCUUUGUAGUAUGUGACAUUCCAUUCUCUGUUAUAGACAAUCCAUUUUUUAUCGAUUUUCUUCAGAACCUAUGUCCAAAUUAUAAGCCACCAUCAAUUAAACGUGAAAAUAUUUUUUAUGGAUCAAAUAAUCUUACUUUAGCAUUAGACAGGUGGACUUCACCUAAUGGAAAUUCAAUUUAUAGUUUUAUGAUUUUAAUUCCUAUGCACCAUAAAUACCUAUACUCUUUAUCAGAUUUUUCUGCAAAUUCACAUAUGGCUGAAUUUCUUGUGGAUAAAAUUGAAUUAGUUUUGAAUGAGAUUGGAUGUAGUAAAUUCUCAGCAAUUGUAACUGAUAACGCUAGUAAUAUGAAACUUGCUCGACAAAUAAUUCAUGAAAAGCAUCCAAAAAUUUUAAAUUUAAAUUGUGUUGCGCACUGUGUAAAUCUUCUUUCAAAGGAUAUUCUUAACUGUAAUCAGAUUGUAAAUUACUUUAAAAAAUCUCAUCAACCUAAUGCACAUUUACAAGAAGCAAUUCAUAACUUACAAAUUUCUGGUGGUGGGCUGAAAAAGUUUGUUGAUACCAGAUGGAUUUCUGUAUAUGAAUAUGUUUUAUCUGUUACAACGUCAACUUUUUUAACUGAAUUUGGUGAUGAUGAUCCGAUUGAACAUUCUGAAACUGAAACCGAAAUUGAACAAAAUUUAGAAAGCAUUAAUUUUCUUAAUAUUGAAAAUAUGGUAAAUUUAAAUCAUAAUGCAUUUCAAGAUAAUGAAUCAGACAGUGAAAGCGAAGGAUCACAAAUUAGUAGUUACGAAGAGAAUGAUGAAUAUGAUAAUGAACCAAUGAUUAGUAAUAAUGAAGGGCAGUGUGUAUUCGAUUUUGAUCCAGUAGAUUUAGUAACAGAUUUGGUAAAUGUAUGGGAGAAUAGUGAUACUGAAAAUAUCGAAGAUAUGUUAAAUACGGAAAUGUGUAUAGAUGAUAAUUUGGAUGAUAUUUUAGAUGAAGAUGGUGAAAGACAUAUAGAUUUUGAUCCGGAAGUAGAUAGUGAAAAUUUGCCUAUUGCACUUAGAAAGGCACGUCGUGAAAUUUAUAAAAGCUAG